AUGCCGGUAAAAGUCGAUGUGAAGAUAAUUGGAACCUAUAAAAAGCUGAAAGACAAAUCUGCGGAAGUUGGAGGUCUCCCGCGUCUCCUGAAUGAAGAUCCACAUCGUUUUGGUCUUCUGGAAGAAACGGAUCAAAUGGAUCUAAAGAAGGGAUGGGAAGAGUUUAACGAUGAAGGAUACGGAGACACUUUCGAUUCUCUGUUUGACUACAUUCGAAAAACUUCAAAAAAGCGGACUUCUUUGGAAAAGGCUCUCGGGACGGAUUUUGUCUUAACUCGUCGAAUUUUGCUGUUGUUUGCUAAAAAAUCAGUUUACAAAACCUUCUAUGUAAUUCGAGCUGUUAGGAGAAAUGGUGUUAUUUUCCUUUGCGAUGAAGUUUCUGAAAACAAAGGUCCAAGUGUGAUGCGAGUUUAUGGACACAAGUUUGAGCAAUACAUGACUUUGAAUCGUGUUGGAGAGCCUUAUGAUGAAGAUGCACCAGUUGUUAACUCGGAAUACUGUAGAGCAGUUUUUCAAACAUCUCUAGCAUGUGGAAAUGAAGAGAUCAAAGUAAUGUACUCUGAAGUAGUUAAGGCAGAAGACAAAGGGAAAGGAAAGGUGGUCGCCAUCAACGAAACCAGUUUGGAUCUAAAAACAUGGCUCUAUAAGCGUAGCCUGGGCGUAUAUCUGCAGUCGUAUUUCGGAGGUUCAUCGUACAUUGUCAAAGGGACUACAAACAAUGAUAACGUCGUCUAUAAGGUCGACAAAAUCCCAACUGAGGAAAUUCCAAAAAUGAACGUAUUCUGGAAACCACAGGCAUGUUUCGAAAAGGUGUUCGACAUCCUCCAAGAAAUCAAAACUAGACUGGAAAAUGACGACGAUGCGAUUGUUAUCAGAAGCGUCGGAUGGGACAUCUCCUACGAACCAGAAGAUGCCAGAAAAUGCGAUUUUGUGGACCCAGAGUUCCUGAGAAAAUUCCAUUAA